AAUGCUUCUUUAUAUUUUAAGCAACUGUUGCAUGUGCAUUGUGCAGAGCCUGGCUUUGAAAAGUCUUGGUCUUGUCUACAGAUGGCCCCUGCAAAGAAAGGUGGUGAAAAGAAGAAAGGGCGAUCUGCCAUCAACGAGGUAGUUACUCGGGAAUAUACUAUCAACAUUCAUAAGAGGAUUCAUGGCGUGGGCUUCAAGAAGCGGGCUCCACGGGCUCUCAAGGAAAUCCGUAAAUUUGCAAUGAAGGAGAUGGGGACGCCUGAUGUACGCAUUGAUACCCGUUUGAACAAGGCAGUCUGGGCCAAAGGAAUCAGGAAUGUUCCUUACCGCAUCCGUGUGCGUUUAUCCAGAAAACGCAAUGAAGAUGAAGAUUCACCUAAUAAAUUGUACACUCUGGUUACUUAUGUGCCAGUUACCACUUUCAAAAGUCUACAGACUGUCAAUGUGGAUGAAAACUAAUCUUUCAUUACAAUAAAGUUAUAAAAAUGUACAA